AUGUCAAAAAAGAUAAGGCUUCUUGAGGAUAUUUUACAAGAGGAUGGAGGAUUUGGAUGUGGAGAUGUUAAUGAACCAUAUAUUGAAGUAGAAUGUCAUGAAUCUGAGUAUAAUGAGGACGGAUCUAGUGGUGAUGAGGAUGAAUGUGAUGGUGAUAAGGAUUUAUCUGAUGAGGAUGAAGAAGAAUUUGAUGUUAAUAAAGUUAGUGUUGUGGAGGUGUAUGAAACUAAAAUUUCAUAUAUGUAUCAGAUGAUGGAGGAUUUGAAAAAGGAUCUUGUUGUAAAGAUAGAUUAG